GGGACGGCGAAUACUGACUUUAUUUUUCGUUUGCAUAUGCCCGCUUACCCCAAAUUUUAUUUUCUGGAAGGUUUGAAAAAAUGCUACAUUCCUCACAGUUAGUGCUUAAUUAUCAAAAUAUGUGCACUUAUUGCACUAGCAUUCUAAUUCAAUUUUGUUAUCUAAGAACAGGUAUUAUGUGAUGUACAUUAUACAGGUCUGAUUCAUGUAGAAUUAGAUAUUAUCUUUUAAAAUUUUGUGAUAUGAAUCAGUCGUUUAAGUGAGUGUGUCGAAUAAAGAGCUGCAGCUAUGGGAGCAUUGUACUUUAUUUCGUGCAAUUGAAGAAUGAUGAUGAUAUCGCUAAACAAAAUUUUCAACAUGGAAAAGUCUGACACAUAUACAGAAGAACCUAACAGUACUUUCUAUUGUACUUUUUUUGACAAUCAUACUGGGCUUUGUAUUAUAUAACAGUACUCUUUCGAAAUCUACGACAGUUAGCCACACUGAAGCUUUACUGGAUAACCAUCCGGGUUCAAUCGCCAAUCAAAAUGUAUGUUUAACAUCGGGUUGUAUUCGUGCAGCUUCAAGCGUGUUGAAAAACAUGGAUCCAAGCACUGAUCCAUGUGAAGACUUUUACCAAUUCGCGUGCGGUAAUUUUCUCAAGACGACAAACCUUUCACGCGACCAAUCUUCGAUUACGUCGUUUACCGUUGCGAAAGAUUUGCUUCAACAUCAGUUACGUAAAAUGAUGGAAGCGCCGCAAACUCCAACAGAACCGAAACCUUUCGCUUUACUGAAGAGGCUCUACCAAGCUUGCAUGAAUGAAACUGAGAUCGAAUUAGACAACUUGAAAACCAUGAAAUCAAUUUUGCACGAAUUGGGCGGGUGGCCAGUGUUGGAAGGGCGAAAAUGGAAUCGGGAAAGCUUUGAUUGGAUAAAGUCGGUUGCUAGGUUGCGAAAGUCUGGGUACAGUCCUCAUUACUUCAUUCGUUUGAGUGUUAAACCAGAUGUGUACGAUGCUUCAUACAAGAUGCUCAAUAUAGAUCAAGGAGAUCCGUUUAUAAGCAGUGACCAAGGCAUCUUUGAUUAUAUGGUACAUAUCGCGGUGAUCUUUGGCGCUAAAAAAGAGGUAAUCCGAGAGGAGUUAUACGACACGUUUAAAUUUAUAGAGAAGCUAAGAAAUAUCUCGCUUCCAAAUUCCUUGGCAUGGUACCAUCACAAGUAUGUGUUUGAACUUGAAUACGAGUUUCCCAGUAUUCCUUGGUUAACAUACUUCAACUCCGUUUUAGCCAUUCCAGAUUAUAAAAUUAAACGUACUGACGUAGUAAGGGUUCGUGGUCCUACUAGAUACAUUUCCAAGCUGGAGAAAUUACUUAUUAAUACGCCCAAGAGGGUACAAGCAAAUUAUCUUAUGUGGCGAGUUGUUAAUGCAUCAAUUCCAUAUCUCACACAAGAAUUACGCCAACGACAAGCGCGAUUUGUCACAAAUGGCAGUAGACCUACCAAGGGAGAGUCGCGUUGGAGAGAAUGUGUCACUGUGGCUUCAGAUAGUAUGCCUAUUGCUGCGGAUGCGUUGUACGUCCGGACACAUUUUGACGUUGCCACCAAGAAAAAAGCAAUAGAAAUCGUAUCUGAUAUAAAGAACGAAUUUGUUCAUAUACUUAAGAAAGCUGAUUGGAUCGACAAGAUUACCAAGAAACGUGCGUUAGAAAAAGCCGCUGCUAUGUCAUUCCACAUUGCAUACCCGGAGGAACUGAUGUCAGAUAAAAAACUGGAAUGGCUUUACAAAGGGCUCGAUUUUACAUCGAACAGUUAUCUGGAAAUGUUGUCGAAAAUUAACUUGUUUAAAUACGAGAACGAGUUCAAGAUGCUACAGGCACCAAAUCCGCCCGAAUGGACAACUCGCGGAAAGACUUCCACGGUUCAAGCGUAUUAUCAUACUACCGAAAACAGUAUUGAACUCCCUGCCGGGUUGUUGCAAGGCACAUUCUUCGGUAACGAUAGACCGCGGUAUAUGAACUAUGGCACAAUUGGUUUUGUAAUUGGUCACGAAAUUACUCACGGUUUUGACGAUCAUGGUCGAAAGUAUAAUAAGCAUGGUGAAUGGUAUAAUUGGUGGGCACCGUCAACAACAAAAACAUUUCUUAACAAAGCCCAAUGCAUGGUGGAUCAAUAUGGAAAUCAGACCAUAGCAGAACUUGGAUUAAAUUUAGAUGGCAUCAAAGCACAGGGCGAAAAUAUAGCCGACAAUGGUGGUAUAAGAGAAGCUUACUUGGCGUACAUUAGAUGGGUUAAACGGAAUGGAAACGAACCAGUCCUUCCAGGGCUCAAUUAUACACAUCUGCAAUUGUUCUGGAUUUCCAAUGCUAACAUGUGGUGCGCAAAGGAAUCUUUGCAAUUUAUCAGGUUGCAAAUCGAGGAUGACAUACAUUCACCGAAAAAAUUUCGAGUAAACAUUCCUUUUGGGAAUACAGGUUAUUUUGCUGAGGACUUCAAUUGUCCCAUUGGAAGCAAAAUGAACCCCGUAGAUAAAUGUGUUCUGUGGAAGUGAUUAAAAUGUACGAAGAGGUC